AUGAAAGAGAAAGAACGUUGGAGACAAGUGUUACAAAGAAUAUUCUCAGUUGUGAAAUGUCUUGCUAAACAUAAUCUUGCAUUUCGAGGAUCUAAUGAAAAACUAUAUCAAGAUAACAAUGGUAAUUUUCUGGGAUUGAUUGAAAUGAUUACAGAGUUUGAUGUCAUUAUGCAAGAUCAUGUUAGACGCAUUCAGGAUCGUGAAAUUCAUUAUCAUUAUCUUGGACAUAAAAUUCAAAAUGAGUUCAUUUCCCUUUUGUCUCAAAGUGUGAGAAAUUCUAUCAUUAAGAUCAUUAAAGAGGCUAAAUACUUUUCCAUAAUUCUUGAUUGUACGCCUGAUGUGAGCCAUCAAGAACAAAUGACCCUCAUAGUUCGAUGUGUUAAUAUAUUAAAUAACAAAGUUAAAAUUGAGGAGUUUUUUUUGGAGUUUCUAAAAGUGGAUGAUACAUCUGGAUUAGGACUCUUUAAUGAACUACAAAAUGUUUUGAAGUCUCUUGAUCUUAAUGUUGAUGAUGUGAGGGGACAAGGUUAUGAUAACGGUUCUAAUAUGAAAGGAAAGCACCAAGCUAUUUCUUUUUUUGGAGUUGUUCAACGCAUAUAUGCAUUGUUUUCGGGUUCUACAAAGAGAUGGAAAAUUUUACUUGAUAAUGUUCCUGAAUUAACUGUGAAAUAUUUAUCAAAUACUCGAUGGGAGAGUCGAAUUAAAAGUGUCAAAGCUAUUAGAUUUCAAUGUCCCCAAAUAAGAUUGGCUUUGUGUGAGUUAUAUGAAUCUUGUGAAAAUGAUGCAAAGUCAAAAAGUGAAGCUGAAAGUUUGGUGAAUGCACUCUCAAGUUUUGAGUUUUUGCUUGGUGUUGUGAUUUGGUAUGACAUUUUAUUUUCUGUUAAUAUGGUAAGCAAGAAAUUACAAUCUAAGUCUAUGUGCAUUGAUACUACCAUAAGGCAAUUAGAAGGUGUGAUGUUCUACUUUGAAAAAUAUAGAGAUGAAGGCUUUACAACUAGUAUGAAUGUAGCUAAAAGUCUUGCUCUUGAAAUGGAUGUGGAGCCUAUCUUUCACACAAAACGUUGUGUGAUUAGGAAGAAAUUUUUUGGAGAGAAUAAUGAGGAUAACGAAGUUGAAUCGCCUGAAGAGUCAUUUAGAGUCAAUUAUUUUUUGGUUGUGUUAAAGUCAUUAGAUGAUAAUGAGUUGAAAGAAUGUUGUGUUCAUUUUCAUUCUACCUUUUCUCAUGGCAAUUCAUCGGAUGUUGACUUAGAUGAUCUUUUCUCUGAAUUGAAAGUCUUACAAAUGACUUUGCCGACAGAAUUGUUAUCCGCCAUUGAAAUUCUUAAGUUUGUCAAAUUUGCAGAUUGUUAUCCGAAUGCUUCAAUUGCUUAUAGGAUUUUAUUAACUGUGCCUGUGACUGUAGCUUCAGCCGAAAGAAGUUUCUCAAAGCUUAAAUUAAUAAAAACGUACUUGAGGUCAUCAAUGUCACAAGAAAGGUUGAAUGGUUUAGCAAUAUUAGCUAUUGAGAAGGAGAUGAUAGGAAACAUUGAUGUUGAUGUUAUUAUCAAUGACUUUGCAUCUCAAAAUGCUAGAAGAACCCGUUUCUUAUGA